ACGACGAAGGUUCAUCAACAAAUGCUAUUUUUAAACUUGUUUUUUGCGCCAUCAUGGACCAAAUACUGAGAGGAAUCGUAAGUUCAGAUCACACUGAAAGCGUCAAGAAGUCUCUUAUUCAACAGCUGGUCUCAAAACUCAAUGGAAAUGUCCCAGAGGAUCAAAACAGAUCUAUCUUUGAAAUUGGAACUGAAUGGAUGACAGAUGAAAACUCGCAAUUUUUGAAAGAAACUGGUCGACUAUUGCUCACCACGUGGGCUAAACGCCAAAAGGAUGUAUUUCAAAAGUUUUUCACAGAAAGCUUUCUCCUAUCUUUUCUUGCUGAACGCGAAAAUUUAUCAGUGAGUUUUGUGGAUUAUCUACGCACCUCCCUUGAUCUCGUUCAACACGCACCACAGAUAUUUUCAAUGUACACAGUAAUUCGCCACAGGGCUCAUAUCUGGGCGGAAAAGAAUUUAAACACGGACUUUUGUGCGGCUGUGGGACGUUUGCUCAUCGAGUAUAACCACUGUUGGCCGGUUGGCGAAAAUCUAAUCCAGUUUAACUUGUCACUGCUUAGAGCUUUAAGCAAAACUGAGCUGCCUAAAACUUCAAAAGAAGAAAUGACAGCAUGCAUUCAAAAUGGUGCAGUCAUUGGGGCUCUCUUAAACAAGAUGUGGACAAAGAAUCAAGCCCUGCUCUUUCCAGUUUUAACGGAGAUUUUUAAGAUUAUUUCCAAAGUAGGAGACAGUCCAUCAGUAGCACUUGCUUCUGUUGUGCAGUAUUUUUCCACUGAUACAAUAGACUCUGCAACUAACCUUGCAGCUUCAAACCCUUUACUUAGUGAUGAGAGCCUAGCUCAUUCCCUUACGCGAAUGAUCAAAUGGUUGUCAUGGCCUGGAGCAAAAAAGGUUGAUCAAUGGAUUAUUGGGUUUUUAAAGGCUUUGGCAAGCAAUGGGAAACAUUCCAUUCUCAUUUCUGUUACACUUAAGGAAGUGUCCCAGGUUUUCAGUCGUUUGUUGUUCCCCAUUGUCCGUGGAAGUACUAUGGUUGUCCUCUCUCAUAUGUUGCUGAGCUUUCAACACUCUCCUCAAGCAUUUCAUGAGAUUGUUGUUUUAGUACCCAGCCUUGUGCAGACUCUAAAGAAGGAAAACAGUGGUUCCUCACAAACUAAUUUACAAACACUUGCUGAACUUAUGCACUGUCUAAUGUACCAACAUACAGGGUUUCCUGAACUGUAUGGACCAGUUGUUGACUGUCUACAGGAUUUACCUAAACCUUCAGAGGUGAUGAUCAAGAAGUGGCUAGCUCAAAGUGCUUGGUCUGCACAAGCUGUCAAUAUUCCACUUCCUGGCUUUGCACCAAAAUCAGAAACGGGAAAAACUGGCUUAGCUAACCUAGGCAACACUUGUUACAUGAACAGUGUGUUACAGGCACUCUACAUGCUUGACGAGUUCCGUUUCAUGAUAUUCGGCCAUCACAGCGAUCAUAAUCAACCUGUCUUGCAUCACCUGCAACAAGUGUUUGCCUUCCUCUCUCUAACACAGAGAUCUGCCUUUGCCCCGUCGAAGUUCCUUCAUGUAGCGAGACCUCCGUGGUUUGCACAGGGGACCCAGCAAGACUGCUCAGAAUUUCUCAAGUUUCUUCUUGACAGACUUAGCGAGGAGGAAAAAUCACAAAACAACAGCAACGACGAAGGGUCGCCAAGGACCUCGCUCGUAGAAGAGACCUUUACUGGAAAGCUGACGGUGUGCCUGUGCUGUAGGAGGUGUAAUAACACUUCUUGCAGAGAGGAAGUGUUCACAGACCUACCACUGGCUUUUCCACAGGCUGGUGAGUUAGAGAGAAGGAUGUUCUCCGAGCAGCUCGAUGGACUGACGUCAGAUGAUAAACAACCGAUCGAACAUGACGAAAAACCUGUGAAUUCAACUGUGAGCUCCGAUAGAAGUCUGAAAGGUGGUGAUAUUACUCACAAUGUGUCUGCCACCGGCUUAGCGCAAAAGUCAGUUGAAGAUAGCGACGCUGUGGCUCCAAGUUCAUCACACAGUUCGACCUCAGCAGAGAGCUCAAUGCCUUUUUCAGCUGGUUCGAGUGUUUCGUCGAAAUUUCGCGAGCCUGGCGUUCGAGCUGAUGCUCCACACAUAUCACUAACAGAGAUGUUGAAGUACUUUUUUGAACCUGAAAUUCUUGAAGGAUCUAAUCAAUAUCAUUGCGAGCAUUGUCACAGUUUACAGGAUGCUGAACGUACCGUUAGCAUUUCCAAGGCCUCAGAAUUCCUCGUGUUGACUCUGAAGAGGUUCGCUUACAAUGUGAAGACCCAACAAAGGUCGAAGAUACUACAAAGUGUGUCUUAUCCUACAGUUUUAAGAUUACCGCGAAUUCACCUCAAAGGAGGUGAUGAUAAGAUAGAAAGAGAGGCGAGAAACAGCGUCCCAGAUGUUAAUGACAGUAAGAACGAUGAAAUCGUCAGCCACUCUUGUUUCAAGUCUAAAAGGACAAAGCAAGAGCAUGACAAUGUCGUUGACAGCUCUAGCAGCGAUAAUUCGUUGUCUUUAAGCGAGGAAACAUUCACAGCAGAUAUUGUUUACGCGCUGUGUUCGGUUAUCGUUCACUCCGGGACGUCAUCGGAGAGUGGACAUUAUUACUGCUAUGCACGAUCUAGCGUGCAUUUGAUCGGAGGAGAAAGCGACAAGAGUUCAAGUUCUAGAACCGAUGAUCAAGACACGUGGUAUCUGUUUAAUGACAGUCGCGUGUCUUACUCGGCGUUCAGUUCGUUUGCUGAUGUAUCGAAGCGUUUCCCUAAGGAUACUCCGUAUGUGUUGAUCUAUAAACGAGUCAGCUCUUUUCGUGCUGCAGUCAUUCCCGUAGAAAACAGUGGUGAUUCUGUGCAAGAUAAUUUGGUUGGCGGUGAGAUCAGGCAGGAGCUGGCGGACAUGGUCAAUCGCGAUAACCUCUUAUACUUGCAGGAGCGAGAGCGUCAAGCCAUGAACACUGCUAAGCGAAAAGCUUGGUCAAACUUCCAUCAGCCCCCUGACGACGACGAUGAUGACCCUAGCAAGGGUCCCCCAGGGAGCUGUGGAGGCGGGCCAGGAUUUACAACCCCUUUCAAUCGUUUCGUCUUCUAGUUAAGCGGGAUUGUGACAUGUCUUAUUGUGGUUGGUUGAACCACUUUUCAACGUUCUUUUUGGUGGUUACUUUCACAGUGUUGUAAAGGGGCUGUCUGUCUUGCUCAAAAUGCAAACUGACCCUCAUCCUGGACUGUUUCACAAAAUUUGUCUGUGAAAUUAAGGAUAUUUUCACAGGAAUUCUAAGAGCGGAACGGAGUCUUUUUAUUCUGUUCAUAUGGAAAAUUUCAGCGAGCAGAGAUUUCAACCCUAACAGGGUGCAACAUCCCAAGUUUCAUCUUUGUGAACGGGAAACGGUGUCUAUUCGGGAAACUAUAAGCCUGGGUGAUAAGGUUUGUCUGGAGAGACCAUUGACAAGGCAUGCUUCAAAUCUUGUAGUUGCUUUCUCCGUCGUUGUUGUUGAUAUUAAUUUUGUUCAAACAUUUUCAACGUCUUGAGCUCACUCGAUUUACAAUAACCAAAAGUGUGAUUUUCUAAAUUCUGGUGAAAAAGAAACUCAGAGUUCCUUUAAUCGACGGAAUUCAAUGGUUCAACAUCUUUCUCAGUCGCUUCGGAGAAAUUUUUAUUCAAGGGAGGUUGGGGGACAUGCUACGUUAAAUGACGAGCGAUUUAGAUCGUGUAAAUAUGAUGUAUAAUAAUCAAGAAGUAACUGUGGCUUCCAAAUGUCACCUUGAAACUUUCAUUUGAUUUUGAUUAUUUUUUAUACUGCUUUGAUAAAGAGUACUACACGUUUGUGGUAAGAUAUUGGGUUUUGCAUGUAUAUAUAUCAUGGGACAGCAUUUAUCUUAUUCCUAUUCCUGCAACAUUCACCCGACGACCUGAUAAACACAAACACGUGUCCCUAUUUUCAAAACA